GUCAUGUGCCACGCAUAUGACGGAAAUUUCGCUGCAACAACAGCUGAGAUCGUCGACAAUGACCACAAUAUAUAAAUAGAAACUCCGGAAUUCAAAAUGGCUAGCUGUAUGAGAGGAUGCUGGGGUAUAUUCAGCGAAGAAUUAAGGAAAUUACGCCGGCCGGCACAUCUUCGAGGAAGGUAAAUUGUGAUAUAGCCUUGUUGAAAUUGCAGUUGUUGUAUUUUUGUAGCCGGUAGUUCAAGUUGUGUCAUCGUCAAUUCACAGGACUUACAGACGUGCAAGAUAUAGUGAAAAGGAAUUGAGUAUCGAGGUAAGAUCCCUUGUUAGUUACGAUUUAAGACUGGAUGUCCAAACAUAAUGUAAUCUUGCAUAAAUUUACGGUGUUAUUGAGCAGGACUAUCAAGCUAACUUGAUUGACUCAGCUCUUUUGUAUCGACUUGUGAGAAAAUGAAAGUAAUUAACGCAGUAGAUAGUUGCCUUCAUGAGUCAAAAUUUUCCAGGGUUAGAAGGGUCAAGUGUGGUGAGGUGGGGGCAGGGGAGAGGACUGCUUUUACAGCCAAAAAUAAAAAAAAGAAAAGUCGCUAGGUUUGGAAAUCUACUAGAAAAACCUUUGCAACAUGUUAUCACCCUCCCCUUCCCAGAGCAAUGCUCCAUGAUAAGUUAGCAAAACUGAGGGGGGUGGGGAAGAGUGAUUUUUAUAAUCCUACCCCCCAUCCCUUCUUUUAAAACGUUACUCAUUAACAACAUAGAAAUGUCCACAAUUUUUCUUUACUCUCCUACUUGCUGUUAUCCUCCAACUUCCAGUUUUCACCUCUCACCUCUUGUGACUCUCCCAUCUAACCACUCCCCCCCCCCAAAAAAAAAAUUUUUCCUCACCUAGUUCCAUAUCAGACCUUCUUCUCCCUUGAAAGUCAGUUUGCUGAAAGGUCAAGAGAAAUUCACCUCAAGCAACCUGUGAUAGACCACUAAAUUCUCCCUAAAAAAACUCUCAUGUUUUAUACUGAAACACAAGGAGAAUAUAGGGUUGCAUUGAAAAUCACUUAAAGCUUUAUCUGCCUCUCACCCAUUAACUAAAAUAGAAGUGAUCCUUUAAUUUUACCACGUGACUCCAUCCCUCCUGUCAGAAAAAAAUUGUCACCAAUUAUGUGGCAUGUUUUCAUGAGUUGUUGUUUCUUAAAUGGCUCUGGAAAGGCAAUUAAUAGUGAGUAUGUGAAAGAGCUUCUUAGAAUCUCAAAUACUGGUACUUCUAGUAUUGCCCUAGAGGCUUGCUUUCUGCAGCAUCUCUAUUAGUAAUUUAACCCCUAAAUCUUCCAAAUGUGAACUGAUCAUAAUGAAAAUCUUUUUUCUUCCAGUUUGAAAAUUUGAUUGAUGAGGUAUGCCUUCAAAGUGUUUCCUUGUGAUACAAUAAGCCUGAUGAGUGUUUUCAUGGAAUAUUCUUUCAAAUUUUUAAUCAAGCAGUGUGUAUAGUUGUUAAUUAGAGUAUAGUCCCCUUGUGAAAUGUAACACAUGCGAGGAAGAAAUAAUUUAAUUGGGAGAAAUUUAUUAAUCACUUGUAGUCACUCUAAAGGACAAAAAUCAAUGUUUAUUACUGAUUAAUAAUUGGUUGAUCUCACAAAUAAGUCAGUAAAUGAAGGGAUCCUAAAAUAUAUCUUUGAAAUAACAAAAUCUUCUUUUUUAAUUUUCAGGAGGACUUCAAUCCCCGUCCCAGGUAAGUGAAAAAUGAAUGUCAAACAUUUGGUUUUGUCAGUAUACAUAUUCUCCAUACUAUUCCCUGUACAAUCCCUUAGGUGCUUAGGAGGAGAAUUUGUUUCAUAAUGCAGAGCUUCUCUAGUUGAUGGCCAUUUCCUUUAUUCUCAUGACCUUGAUGUGUGAUUUGGGCUUGAUAUUGUUAGGAGAAAUUAGAUGCUAGUCACUCUCAGGGGUUAGAGGGUUAACCCUUUAACUCCCAUGAGGUACCAAGACAAAAUUUCUCCUUACCAUAUCAAUACAAUAUCGAGCAGACAAGUGAUGAGAAUAAAGAAAAAUAUUAACUAGGGGAUAAUUUGUGGAUCCAAUACCAAAUUCCCCAAACUAACAUCACAAGAACUAUAUGACAGACAGUAAGGAGAAUUACUAAUGAGAUCUUAGGAGUUAAAGGGUUAAAUAACCCAUUGAACCCGAGGAGUGACAAGAAUCUAUGUGUUGUAGAUGUAAGCUGGAUAUGUGAUGGUUUUCCUGUUUCUCAUUUCCAGACGGAUUUUAACAGAAACAGAAACAGAACUGAUCACACAGAAGAGAUACAAUGACCUGGUUGAACAGCAGAAGAAAGUAGAUGCAGAAAUUGAUGCACAGUUAUCUCGACGAGAAGAGGAUUUACGACUUGAAGAGGAGGUGAUUUUGAUAGUUUCUCACAUCUUAAAUAAUUGAUUGCUAUUUAUAUCAAAUUCUCACCUUGAAUAACUCCUCCCCCACCCCAUCUAAAUCCUUCAAAAAGUUUAUCUGAAUGUUUAUUAAUUCAUGCAUACAUUGGUUUUUUAAGGCGUACUAUGAGGCUAAAAGAGAAGCAGCGCGUGUGGCUAAACAGGCCAGACAGAUGGAGGUAAGAAAAUUCUUCUGACUUCCUAUUUUGCCACCAGUGCAGGCAUUUUCUGUCUCAACUUUUGCUCUUAUUCAACACCUAAUAUGCCAGUUUUUGAACCAGGAAGAAUGUCAAGGAAAAACUUGCUAUGGGUGAGAACAUAAGAAAUAUGUAAACAUUUCAAGGGAAGUUAUCUUCAAAAAAUUUUCCCUCACAAAUCAUUGUCUCAGUAGAUGUGGUUAGGAAUAAUUUCUGAUAGAUUUAGAGGAGUUAAUGCUCUUUUAACAGUAGUAAAACUAUGCAAUAAUCCAAGGAGGCCCAGAGGCUUGUAGUGGGUAAAAAGGAAGAUGAAACAGAAGUUUUGGCUGUAUAAAAAACAGCUAUUUGCUUAUUUACUUCUGGGUCUCCCAGGAUUAUAUUCAAUAAGUUCAUUAAUAAUUUUUACUUGUGUAGGAAAAUAAAGCAUCAAAAGAAAAGGAUAAAAGAGUACGCAGAGGUUUCUUAGAAGAUUCAUCUUUAUCUUCUUGGCUGUCAGAUGAUGGAGUUAGUGUGGACAGGUAUGAGAUAUUCAUUGGCGAGAAAGGCCACUUUCUUAGUUGGCCUGAAGAUGUAUGAGCUGUGUUACAAAGUAUGGUUAUUUUGGUUUUAAACUGGGUCAGUUUCGUGGUUUUUGGAACCACUGGUAGCUGCAUGCCUUUUGAGGAAAACACCCUUUAGCUCCACCCCCCACAAUCAUUUCAUGUGUCAAUGUUUUAAACAUGCUCAGCAAGUUCUACAGCAAAUCUAGCUUGUGAGCAGCCCUCGUUAUUAGUGCUGCAGGAAGUCCAUUUUCUCCACCUGUGGGAAGAGUUUAGGUGAUUCAGGGAGAGGUUUGCCAGGGGUCUGACAUAAAUAAUGAUUGCUAGACCCCUUGAAGACCUCUGGCUGGUUCAUUUUGCUUAUUGUUCUGGGAUGCAGAGAAAUUCUUGUACCAUAGUUUUUUUUUUCUUUUAAUUCUGGGGUAAAUAAUGUUAUUUUUUGCUUCUUUCUUGGUGUGUUCUUAGCAAUGAUCUCGAUGUUGAAGACUUUGACGCCUUUCUAGAGAAAGUAAAAGCACGAUCUCUUGGGGGAUCCAGUCCCUUCACUUGUAAGUUUGAUAUUUUGAAAUUAUGGACUUAAAUUUACAUCUACAGCUGCUUUUAAUCACUAAUUUUGAGAUUUUUCAUUCCAAAAAACCACACAUUCAACUAGAAGAGCCCAUCAAUCUGGCCCAAUUGAAGUGAAAACAGUGUCAGAUAUCAGGGAGUUUGGGUCGGCUGAUUAAUUCUCCUAUAGAAGAUUGCUUAAAUUUUGUUAGUGCAAAGUUUGAAUUUACUCAGUGUGUGAAUCCUUUUGAAAUAAAGUACACAUUAGUUACUGGUACCGCAAUGGUUCGAUGAAAUGCCACCCUCAAAUAAACACUGCAUUUUAGGGCUGAAAUAUUAAUAAAUGCCAUCCUUUAAUUAAUCCCACUUCAUCAUGCCGCAUUUAUUUGAAUAAUAGACUCAAAAAGCACACAGCAAUCAAUGCUUCAAUUGCAGUUGGAAAUUUUGAGGGAACCGGACACAAAUCCUUUUGAAUGAACCAGCUCUGAUGUAGAGAAAGCAUGUUCAAAAUAUCUUUAUUCACUUUAUGUAUUGCAAUAGUAUUUACAUGCAAAUUGUGAAAUUGAGAACUAUAUAAAAAAUAUCUUUUUAGACAAGCACUAAAACAUGUUUCUGUUUUUCAAAAUAAACACUGCCCUUGCAUGAACACCACCCUUUAAUAAACACCUUACUAGAAUCACAAAAAAUCUAAUAAACACCAUGAUGUUUAAUCAAAGAAAUACAGUACUUUUGUCUCAAAGGAGAGAGCACAUUUCACCAGCAAGUAUCCUUUCAUGACUCAUUUAUCACUUCAUAUUUUUUUGUUUUAAGCUCCUACAUCAACCUCACCAAAUGCAUCGUGGGAGGAUGCUUUAGCUCAGGGAGUUGAAGCCACCAAGAUAGCAGGCAAAUCCCUGGAUGCCCUGAACGGGUUUUCAUCUUCAGUUGAUUUGGUGUCAGUUAGUGAGAGGUAG